GUGUUUCAUUUUUCUGCAAAGUCUUCAGUCGUCGCUCUCCCUUUGUGGGGAGGGCACUACUAGCAGGCAAAUGGCAAUGACACUCUCUUCUUUCUUUGACCAAUCAAUUCAGUUCAACAUCUUUGUCAUAAAUUCCACUCCUUUUGGUUAACCCUCUAGAUCCGCCAUUUGCUGCUACCCCAUUUCUCACGCCAAUUGUUGGAUUUUGCUUAGGAAAAUUGGAUUCGUUCGUGCAACUGCUAUCAAAUGCUUUACUAAAAUAUAGAGAUGUUAAAAGUAGGCCCUUAAGUUGAUGCAACUAUGACUGGACCGUUCACAAUGAUGGUGUCAAAUUGUGGAGCCUUUACAACUUUGAUCUAUCUGAUCUUGAGUUGCACUGUCUGCUGUGCUCUUCAAAGUGACAUUGACUGUCUGAAUUCUAUUAACAAUUCGUUAGAAGACACAUCCAAUAUCUUAGCCAAUUCAUGGAAUUUCAAUAAUAACACUGAAGGUUUUAUCUGCAAAUUCACUGGGUAUUGCUGGCAUCCUGAUGAGAACAGGGUUCUGGCUAUCCGUCUUCCGGACAUGGGGCUUAAGGGAGAGUUCCCACUCGGUAUUAAAAAUUGCUCAUCUUUGACAGCAUUGGAUCUUUCAAACAACAAGCUCAAUGGAAGUAUUCCAUCUAAUAUCUCCAAAGUUAUAGGUUUCGUGCUGAACCUCGAUCUAUCUUCCAACCAAUUAUCGGGAGAAAUCCCUGCGGAUCUUGCAAAUUGUUCUUAUCUGAAUAACCUUAAACUUGAUAACAACCAAUUAAAAGGCCAGAUUCCUCCCCAGAUUGGCUUGCUUGGUCGACUGAAGACAUUUAAUGUAGCUAACAAUCAAUUGACUGGGCAAAUUCCAAACUUCACAAAUGGUACAAUUUUUCCUGCUGAGGAUUAUGCUAAUAAUCCAGGAUUGUGUGGAGGUCCUUUGCCUGUCUGCCGGGGUCCUCCAAAGAAAUCUUCUAUUGGACUCAUUGUUGGUACAACGAUUGGUGGGGUGACUGUAGCUGCUGUAGCCAUGGCCAUUGGUAUGUUCUUCUAUCUAAGAAGGAUGUCCAGGAAGAAGAAAAAGGACCAAGAUCCUGACGGGAAUAAAUGGGCAAAGAGUAUUAAGGGCGCCAAAGCAAUCAAGCUUUCAAUGUUUGAGAAGUCUGUUUCAAAAAUGAGACUAAGUGAUCUCAUGAAGGCCUCUGACAACUUCAACAAAAAUAAUAUUAUUGGGUCGGGAAGAACAGGAACUGUCUACAGAGCAGUACUUGAUGAUGGCACUUCCCUUAUGGUUAAGAGGUUGCAAAAUACACAACACUCAGAGAAAGAAUUUGUGUCUGAGAUGGCUACUUUGGGAAAGGUAAAGAACCGUAACUUGGUUCCUCUUUUGGGCUUUUGCGUGGCUAAGAAAGAAAGACUGUUGGUCUACAAGGACAUGCCAAAUGGUAACCUGCAUGAUAAGUUACAUGUGGUUAGUGAAGGGGACAAAGUUCUAGAGUGGCCUCUGAGAAUCAAAAUCGGCAUCGGAGCAGCCAAAGGAUUUGCGUGGCUCCACCACAACUGCAAUCCUCGUAUUAUCCACAGAAACAUUAGUUCUAAAUGCAUCUUACUUGAUGUGGAAUUUGAGCCAAGAAUAUCGGAUUUUGGACUUGCUCGUCUCAUGAAUCCAAUUGACACUCAUUUGAGUACCUUUGUCAAUGGAGAAUUUGGGGACAUGGGAUAUGUCGCUCCAGAGUACUUGCGAACUCUUGUGGCUACACCGAAAGGUGAUGUCUAUAGUUUCGGUGUUGUACUUCUUGAGUUGGUAACGGGUGAGAGGCCUACCUAUGUGACCAAAGCUCCUGAGAGCUUCAAGGGAAAUUUGGUGGAGUGGAUCACAUAUCUCUCGGGUGAAUCUAUGCUUCAAGAUGCAAUCGACAGUUCAUUGUCUGGAAAAGGUUAUGAUGAGGUCUUCCAGGUUCUUAAAGUUGCUUGUCGAUGUGUAUUGUCUACAGCUAAGGAGAGGCCAACAAUGUUUGAAGUGUACCAGCUGCUAAGAGCCAUCAGAGAACGAUAUAUUUUCAGUACAGAAAAUGACAUUUUGAUGCCUUCGGAGAGUGAUGAUGGUUUUCAAAUGGUGGAAUUCAUUGUUGCUCAAGAUGUAAAAGAGGCUUGCUAGUAGAAUCAGUCCUAUGUAAUUGUAAGAUUUGUGUUCUGCUGCAUUUUGUUUUAUCCUAUACGAGUACGACGUUCAAUAUACCUACACUAUGGGGGAACGAUUGGCUUGAAUGUCCUUUAAGUCAUUUUGGUUUCUGUUUUUUCUGGAAUUUUUUUUCCCUUAGAAGAAUACUUUUAUGUAAAUAUGUAACUGUAAUUUAUUGAUCUUCAUAUUGUAGGAACAAGCGUGUACCAUUGGA